CUGCACCGAACUACCAUGACAUCGUAGCUUCACAUCUGACGACUCCAGUUACCCUCGCAGCCAUUGUAGACGUCACAUGACCCUGUUCACAGCAGCACGCCGUCUCAGCUCUACUUUCGUCUCGCCUGCCGUGUCCCGUGUGCACCUAUUCCAGCGACAUCUGACGACCAUGCCUCCACUUCACAAAGACCCGCACCGUGCCUUACUGUUGCUACCGCCCGCACCAACGUCUUCCACGUAUGCAUCGUUGAAGGCCGCAUACAGUGCCCCACUUUCAACUGUGCUGAGAGAGCUUCGACAAGCUCAGGAACCUGCACUGCUCGAAAUUGCACUGCCAUGUCCACAUCUGUACGGACAUCUCAACGGUGCAAGGGGGCCGCUGUACGAUACCACACAACAGCUGGUUGCCGACCUAUACAAGUUGAUAUGUAUCGUCGCAGCUAAGGACGCAAUUGAUACAGAGGAUGCUGAAGGCAUUAACGCCCGUAUCCUAUUGGUAGCACAUCCAGGGGAUGGCAAGCUUCACAACACCUCUGAAGACUCUACGCCAGAGCAAGAGCUACAAGGCCCUGCGAUUGACCUACACACACUUGCAAAGAGUUCCAGGAAGUGGAAAGUUGUAUACUCGGUGGAGAGCGAGGAGGGCGAGCGUUUCUUGAAGAGCUUCUUUGCCAUCUCCAAAGACACCAAAGUGUCCAAGGUACGGGGUGGCAUGGUCCUCAACGCUGGAGCCUCAGCUAUGACUACUACCACUGCCUUCGAGAGUUCUACGAAGCACCUCUCCGUUGCUGUGGGUGGAACGUUCGAUCACCUUCACAUUGGUCACAAGCUACUACUCACUAUGUUCGCUUUCGUGCUGGGUCGACGACAGCAGUCAGACAGUCCCAGCGUUCUUACCGUGGGAAUCACCGGCGAUGCUCUCCUCGUGAACAAGAAGUUCGCUGACCAGCUCGAGAGCUGGAAAGCUCGUCAAGAGGCAACGCACGACUUUCUACAUUCCAUCAUCUACUUUGGUCAACCUGAUGACAAUCGAAUUCAGGUACAAGAAGUCAACGAGCCAGGUCCAAACGGACACGCCGUCCAUGUCAGCUACCCAUUCGGCCUGACCAUCAAGUAUGUUGAGAUCUGGGAUCCCUUUGGGCCUACUAUCACCGACAAGGAAAUCACAGCACUGGCUCUCUCGCUUGAGACCAGAGGUGGAGGCGCUGCUGUUAAUGAAAAGCGAAAGGAACAGGGCUGGGACCCACUCGAGGUCUACGAAGUGGCUGUCCUUGAUGCCAGCGAAGAAGGCAGCGUCGGCGAGACGUUUCAGAGCAAAUUGAGCAGCACGGAGAUCCGUCGAAAACGAAGUGAGCUCGUCAAGCCAAGGGCGAAAGCGUGACGGCGGACCGGGGAUGUACGGACAACAUGAUGCAUAUGCCACGUUGAUGUUUGUCUUGAUUGUGAAAGUGGCAGGCCAAGGCAAGGAGUUGAGUUGUUGUUUGUGGUCGAUUCGAUAGCUCGACGGAUGCGCAGGAAGUUGACUAGUACAUAUCCUGUGCGACGGUACACAGCCUCGUGUACCUCUGGACCACACGACAGCGUGGACUAGCAUAUGCAGCUGCUGUAAAUUUCGUGUCAAGGUACGAUUGUACCAAGCAGGUGGCGUCUCCCAAAAUGGCGACGAGCAGCACGCCGGCAUUCGGUUUGCGUCAGAGAACUCAUCGUGUGUACAUUGACUUGCGAGCGGCGCUGCAAACUUUUGCUUCUGCGACAAAUGUCAUCGAGGCGGGACAAGGGUUGCGGGACCGGUGAUCGGGCGACGACAUGGAAUAUUAUAUGCAAGCAAUCGGUGACAACGCAGCGCUCUCCCCAUUUCGCGUGCACGGGAGCA